AUGCUUCUGCAAGGCCCAAUCGUCCGUCAGAGCCUGUCAGCACUCAAACCCCGCCCCCCUGGUGUUUUCAGGUACAGAACGGAUGUUCAAACACACACAAGCUGGGGAGCUCCCAUCAUGUGGGAUGGCAUAUUCCAGGCUGAUCUGUACGACCAGACUCACAGGACAAAUCGAUCGUCUGUGGCGCUCACUGUGUUCGCCGUGGGCAGGUACCUGGACGCCUACCUCGGGGCCUUCCUGAACUCCUCUGAGCGUCACUUCAUGGUGGGUCUCCCGGUGAGGUACUACAUAUUCACAGACCUGCCCGAGAAGGUGCCUGACCUCCAGCUGGGCCCUCAGCGAAGCCUGGAGAUCAUCAGAGUGGAGGGCCACUCCCGUUGGCAGGACAUCUCCAUGGCCCGCAUGAAGACUAUCGCGGACACCAUUGAGUCUGUCAUCCGCCACAGCAGCACCCACGUCUUCUGCAUGGACGUGGACCAGGUGUUCACGGCCAGGUUCGGCUCGGAGGCUCUGGGCGACCUGGUGGCCCUGCUCCACGCCUGGUACUACAACCUCCCCAAGGUGCUGUACACGUACGACCACAACCCGCAGUCCAGCGCCUUCAUGGUGACGGGGGACUUCUACUACCACGCGGCCGUGUUCGGAGGCUCCUGCGCCAGCGUGAAGGCCCUGGCCGAGGUCUGCUAUCAGGGGAUCCUGCGGGACAUGGAGAACGGCGUGGAGGCACUGUGGCACGACGAGAGCCACCUCAACAAAUACUUUUGGCUGCACAGACCCAGCAAGGUGCUCUCCCCAGAGUACUGCUGGGACCCAUUCAUUGGCCAGAAGAGCGACAUACGUGUGGCCAGGCUACUCUGGGCGCCAAAGAAUUACAAAGAACUGCGCCCCAAUGUCUAAAUGGGAGACAGGGAGUGUUUUAUUUGUUGUGAUGUCAUUGGGAAGCAUUUUAAGCUUUAUUUUUUAUUUUUUAAGAAAUGGACAAAUGUUAUGGCGUAUAGCUAUUUCUUCGAACAGUCGAUAGAGGGCUAAAGCCCCAUUUUCUUAGCGUGUUUAAUCCCAUGCAAAUAAUGCAAAUAGAAAAGUUGCUUUGCUUUUACUAUGAACACAGCUGUGUGAGUGUAUGUGGAUGAUGGCUGGUUUAAGAAAAACUAAACAAAGCCAAUGUGUGCAUAUAAAUACAAAAGAUGACACAAACAAGAGGUGACUAUAAACAAUCCUAUCAUUCCACAUUUCUUUGAAAAAAUUUAACGGCCAGAUAUUUCCUGCUUCUUCGUGCUUGUUAUUGCAAAAUGGAUCCAGUAGACGCGUGAAGUGUGUUUGCAUAGCCGCAUCUGAUUGGCCGACGGAUCCGGCGCUGCAUGAAAAGUUGAACGUUUCUCAACUUUUUGACGCAGGCCACGGAGCUGAAUGGACGGGCGGACCCACAAUGCAUUUCGCGAGCGCCGCAUGCAAAGUCAAUAAGAUCCGUCGAAGGACGGAGGUAGUGUUGGGUGGAACUUGGACCUUCACUCCAGCCAACACAGGUAGAUCGUGUUCUUGUUGUUACAGAUGCAAACCUAAACUUUCAUAGCCACAUAAAGACCCUUAUAGAACAUCAUACUAUCACAUUUAAAACAUAGCAGGAAUUAAACGUUUUUUU